CAGGGGCAAGGCGGGCGAGAACUAGAACGAGAACGAGAACGUAAAGCUCCCUCUGCCUGCAAUGAGCGAAUCCACACAUUUGGAAUUGGAGCUGUAACUGGAAGCAUAUGGGGACUCGAGAAGUGUAUCAGGAGAAGCUUCGGAGGGGGAAUCUGCAUCACGAUCCCACUAUCAGACCGGGCCUCGGCUCUGCCCGCUGCCCCCGUUGUCUUUCUCUCUUAAAUCCUACGGAAGCUAAUUCGGAAUGGAAAAUAACCCCAGUUCUGCACGAUGCCACUUCUGUGGCUGGCACUGGGAUUGGUGGAAUGCUUAGUGCAGUUCAUGGUUUCAACACAGGAAUUCCGUAUGUCCAAAAGCAUGUGAAAGGGCCAAAGUGGCUUCCUUUUGCCAUUGGGCUUCCUGCCCUACUGAUGUUUUCUUCAGCUAGUGCUGCUUUUGGAGGUUAUGCUCUUCCAAUGUUCAUGCAACUUACUGUGACAUCCUACUAUGCUGCUUCAAGUGCAUCUCAUUAUGGAAUUUCAUUGCUCACCAGACAUGUCGAAGAGACUCAUGCUACCAGAAUUCAACAAAAGGAGCUUAGAUGAUUAAACUACUUGUUUCACUUAUGCAAUGGCCAGUGGCCACCCACUAUAUACAAGGUCUGGUACUCCGUACUCAUGUAAAAAGUGAUUUCUAUCAAUCAAAUGCUAGCAUUAUUUUAGCUGGAUGGAUGGAAGCAUUCAAGUGGGUCAUCAAGGUACACGACCUGGGGCUUGCGCAGAGAUUGGAGAUCUAUUAGUUUUUACUCAUUAUACAUGUCCUUGCUAUUUGAUGGGGAUGUGUGAAUAAUCAUGUCUGGAGAUCAAUUAACCUUGAUAUUUGAUAGGGAUGUAUGAAUAAUCAUAUGUCGGGGGAUCAAUUUGUUUAGUAAAUUAGUUCACCUAAACUGACCCUGAAAUGAAAUUCACCAAGUUAGGAUGUGGAUGUUGACUAUGAUAUGAUAUGAUAUGAUGGUCCAGUUAUUCAUUGUUGAACACUAGAUGAU